AUGCCGCGCUCUUACUCUGGGGGCUGGUCGGGCUACGACGCCUACAGCACCACUGCUACUUCGGCUGCUACGACGACUGAAUCGGAAGACUCGCGGGCGCUGUUCAUCAACGACCGCGAGCGCAAUGCGCAGUUCGAGUACCCGAACAACAAGAUUCGGACGUCGCACUACACGAUGUGGAACUUUGUGUUUAUCACCCUCUACGAGCAGUUCUCCAAGCUCGCCAACGCGUACUUUCUGGUCAUGGCCUGUCUCACGCUCAUCCCCACCAUCUCGCCCGUCCAUCCGUGGUCGUCGUUCAUGCCGCUUGUCUUUGUCAUCACCACUUCGAUGAUCCGCGAGGCCGUCGAGGACUACUUUCGCCAUCGGCAGGACAACGAGAUCAACCACCGCAUCGCUUUCGUCCUCAACACCGACACCCACGAGUGGUACGAGGAAGAGUGGAUCAACGUCAUGCCCGGCGACAUUGUGCUCGUCGAGGAUGGCGGCUUUCUCCCUGCCGACCUGCUCGCCCUGGUCACCUCGACCGACGACGGCUCGUGCACGGUCGAGACGCGCAACCUCGACGGCGAGUCAAACCUCAAGCCCAAGAAGGCGGUCGAAAAGUGCCAAGAGCUCGGCGACGACCUGCGCAAGCUCUCCAAGAUGCGCGGUUCACUCCACUAUGAGCUGCCCAACAACCGGUUGUACGCCUUCAACGGCUCGUUCGAGUACAAGGCGCCCAAGGCCAAGAAGGCAACGUCCAUCCCAGUCACCGCCAAGGAGGUUCUUCUCCGCGGCUCGAUGCUCAAGGGCACCCAGUGGGUCAUCGGCCUUGUUGUGUACACCGGGCACGAGACCAAGCUCAUGAUGAACGCGACCAAGACCAAGACCAAGCGCUCGCGCGUCGACCGCCUCAUGUCCAAGUACCUGGUCGUCAUCAUGAUCUUUGAGUUUCUGGUUGUCUUUGGCUCGGCCACCGCCGCUGUCGUUCUUCACCUUUUUAUUCUUCUCUCGGCUCUCAUCCCCAUCUCGCUCUACGUCUCGGUCGAGAUGGUCAAGGUGGUGCAGUCGCUGCAGAUCAACGUCGACAAGGACAUGUACUACGAGCCAACCUCCAAGCCGGCUCGCGCCCGGACCUCCAACCUCACCGAAGAGCUCGGCCAGGUCAAGUACAACCGUAUGGACUUUAUCAAGUGCUCCAUCGGCGGCGUCUCGUACGGUACCGGCAUCACCGAGGCUGCACGCGCCGCCCAGCUCCGCGCCGAGGGCAAGGACGCCGCCCAGCUCGACUGGCAUGAGCUCCAGGAGGAGGCCUCGUCUGACUCGGACUCGUCGUCGUAUGACUCGGGCUACGGGUCGUCCGACGUCGAGUCGAGCCGUCGCGCCUCAUCAGCGUCGACGCAGAGCUACGCCCUCUCGCCCGCCUCGUACGCAUCAGAGAGCGGCGAGGAGUUUGACCCGACCAUGCUCAAGGCGCUUGACAAGGGCGGCGACCACGGCGAGGACAUCGACCUGUUUGUCACACUCCUUGCAGUGUGCAACACGGUCGACCCGCGGAAGGCCAAGCCCGAGGAGGCCCACAAGUCAGACGUCUACCGCGGCAUCCGCUACCAGGCCGCCUCCCCCGACGAGGCUGCGCUGGUCAAGGCCGCCGCGCAGUUCUUCGACUACCGGCUGGUCUCGCGCUCAGGCUCGAACCUGACGGUUCUGGCUCGCGGCGAGAAGCGCAAGUACAAGGUGCUCAACGUGCUCGAGUUUGACUCGGACCGCAAGCGCAUGUCGGUCAUUGUCCGCAUGCCCGACUCGCGGAUCAUGUGCCUCACCAAGGGUGCCGACUCGGUCAUCUACAAGCUGGUCAACAACGCCAAGGCCAAGGUUGGCCGCAAAACCGACUCGCACCUCACCACCUUUUCGGAAGAGGGCCUGCGGACGCUCGCCUGCGCCUACCGUGAGCUCUCUGACUCGGAGUACAAGGCGUGGAACAAGCGGUACACCAAGGCCGCGCUCGACGUGCUCAAGCGCGAUGAGCUCAUUGCCGAAGUCUCGCAGGACAUGGAGACCGACCUCACCCUCCUCGGCGCCACCGGCAUCGAGGACAAGCUGCAGGACGGAGUGCCACGGACCAUCGCCACCCUCGCGCAUGCCUCGAUCAAGAUUUGGGUCCUCACCGGCGAUAAGCAGGAAACCGCCAUCAACAUCGGCUACGCCUGUGCACUCCUCGACCAGGAGAUGAACAUUCUUGUGGUCAACACUACGUCGUUUGAGGAGACUCACGACGUGCUCAAGUCGUACAUCCGCAAGUACUCGCCCGAGCGCAACGCCAAGGCCGGCCGCUACAAGAACAACGCCCUAGUCAUGGACGGCAAGUCGCUGGCCUUUGUUCUCUCAGCACCAGAGACCCAGGACCUGCUCUACGAGCUCGGCCUCAUGUGCGUCUCGGUCAUCUUCUGCCGCGUCUCGCCGCUGCAAAAGGCGAACGUCGUCGGCCUCGUCCGCGCCCGUGCCAAGAACGACGUCACGCUCGCCAUUGGCGACGGCGCCAACGACGUGUCGAUGAUCACCGAGGCCCAUGUCGGCGUCGGCAUUGCCGGUGAGGAAGGCAUGCAGGCCGUCCUCGCGUCGGACUAUGCCGUCGGCCAGUUCCGCUUCCUCCAGAAGCUUCUCCUUGUCCACGGCCGUUGGUCCUACCGUCGUGUUGUCAAGCUCAUCCUCUACUCGUUCCAGAAGAACGCUGCAUUCAACCUCACCCAGCUCUGGUUCAACAUCUUUGCCGGUAUGUCGGGUCAGACCCUCCUCUCAGACGCCCACAUCUCGUUCUUCAACCUCACCUUUACGGGCCUGCCAAUCAUGCUGUUCGCGGUCUUUGACCAGGACGUCAACUCGCGCGGUUCGCAGCUUUUCCCACAGCUUUACACCAUUGGCCAGAAGGACGGUCUCUUCAACCUUCACGUCUUUGUCGCCUGGUUCUUCGAGGGCAUCUUUCAGUCGCUCAUCCUCUUUUUCCUCCCAAUGGCCGCGUACUACGCCGUCUCGCCGCACGAGUCAGGCCGCCUCGAUGGCCUGCACCACUUUGGAGCCCUUGUCUACGUCUGCAUCAUCAUUGCCGCAAACGUCAAGCACGCCCGCCCCGAGUGGGGCACCCACUUUGGCCUUUCAGAGUUCCUCGACGCGCCUAUCACCUGGCUCCUCUUUAUCCUCGUCCCCUUUGUUGCUCUCCUUCCGGGCUUUAUCGUCGAGUACGUCCAGGUCAACUUCUUCCCCACAAAGAUUGACGUCGUCCGCAAGCUCCGCAUCAGCCGCACCAAGGGCGAUCUCUCGGACGAGACUAUCGGCCACAUCGAGGCGGCCCUCGCUGCACAUACCGGCAACUUUGCCGGUGCCACCAUCUCAGCAUCGGGCGGGACCAACACGUACUCGGAUACCCCCGAGUCGUCAGGCUCGACCCGCUGGGAUGCCUCGUCGUCUAGCGACGAUGACUACUCCUCGUACAACGAGUCAUACGAGGCGUCUGCGUCGUACUCGUAG